GCCAUUUUUAUUCACAUAACAAAAUGCACUAGCAGUCACACAUCACUUUUCUGUUGUAUUUUACUCAGGUGCAUAAUUAUUCACAUCAUAGAUUAUUACCAAAGAUUUAACAACUUUUGCUUCCUGAAAGACACAUACAUCUACCAUUCACAAUGUAUGGAUAUUGUUUAAAAAUACUUCCUAAUUUGUCGUAUUCAUCUCAACAAAAGUGGCGUAUACAAUUGAAAGAAAUACUAUUUCAAUUCUUAAGUGUUACUUGCUUUAUUUUAAUAUUUGUAUUCAGUGCUACAACAUGCUGGACAAUGUGGCUUUAUUUACUUAUUAAAUUAAUGAAAUUAUCCUAUACAGUUGGAAAUGAAUUUAUUACAAAUGAGAAGAUACUUAUUCAUCCAUAUGAUGAAGUAUUCAAUAAUGAAAAAUUAUUCUAUUCAUUUGCACAAUUUCUAAUAUUGUUCAUACUGAUGACAUCAUAUUGGAUAUAUUGGCGAAUUGAUAAAGGCUCUGAAGAGAAAGGAAGUCAUCCAAAAAAGUUUAUUAGAAAUCUCAUUAUCUGGAAGUAUUUAGCUGAUUACUUUCCGAUAAAACUUGUUCUUACCGAAUUGUACAGCACUCAAGAAGAUAAACAUACUACAUCUGGAGUUCCUGAAGACAGCACUAUCGUCGAUCUUCAUGAUAACAGUCAAGAGAAUGAUAACGACCAUAAUGACAAUGAUAGACGAGAUAAUCAGACAAGCAUAACUGACUGUGACAGUCCUAUGAGUAGACAACAAUUGACAUGCAUAAAACAAUUGUUCCCUGCAACUAGAAACUAUCUAGUGGGCUAUCAUCCACAUGGAAUAUUCGGAAUAGGCUCUUUUGUCAACUUCUUAACUGAAGCUAAUCAAUUUAGUGAGAAAUUUCCAGGGAUUACACCUUGGUUAACAACGCUAGAGAUUAAUUUCAAGGCUCCAUUACAUCGUGAUAUACUCAUGUCGUUUAGUAAGUAUAUAAAUAGUCUUUUGAUAUCUUAUUCUCUUUAAAAUGUUUCGCUUUUUAUACAUGAAUAUCAGUAAUAUGCAAUUUUUCGUCAAAUUUGAAAGUUGCAACGUGUGUUUUAAAAAAGGAGUUAGUGUUGGGGGACAAAAUAGAAUAGAUAUUGUGUAUUAUGUUGUCAUACAAUAAAACCUUACUUGAUAUAUAUACAUAUAUAUCCAGUGAGAGUGGCGGUCUCACAUAAUAGGGGAAUGUUGAAUUACUUGGAGACUAUAGUACUGUGUGAUGCAUGCUCAAAUCUCUGAGGAGACAUCAAUUCCCCUGAGACUGCAAAUACACCUUGUCGAGGGGUACAAACAACUACAGAACCUAGGUUCAGGGCUUUCUGCUGACUGAUUCCAACUAAUUCAUAUAUAUCAGUGUGCACUAGGAUGGUAAGUAUCCUAGCUUAGUGGCCACAUUGCAAGGUGAUCAAAAGACUUCAAUCAGCACUUAGGACUCGAUAAUGUACAAUUGGUUACUUUACAAUGGUCAGUGUAAUUUUGAAUUUUUGUACACAUGCAAAUAUUAGUAGAAAGAAGGCGCAGUUGUGCAACCAUGUACCGCUUUCUUAACUUUUCUAUUAGUUAUAUUGUCUAAGUAACGAGUGGACAGUUUUACAUAGUUCCAUGAGUUAAGUUGACGGAGUAACAUUUCAAUUCAUGUAUCUCUGGUUGGACUUCCGAUAUGUAAACUCCAGAGUAGCAUUUGCUUGAAUCCUUUUCUUUCUAACUAAGUGAUGGCACAGAGGUUGAUUUCUGUCUUCAUUUUUUGAAAUCUAUGAAAAUGGGGUAAGUUGGUUUCGAAACAACAAUACUGGAAAUAAAUAAAUCGUGCAAUUCCCAUUAUAAAAGUUGAUUUGAAGAAGACAUUUGAUGAGGCAUUUUCUACCUCACCGAACAAAAUCAAACAGUAGUAAAAGAGAUAAGACAAUUGCAACGAACAUGAAUUUUUCUUUUCAACAAACUCAUUCUCUUAUUUGAAAAUAUAACAGAAUGGAUAGGACAUUCCAGAAUAAUUUCCAGUCAGAGGCCAAAAUGCACUGCAUAGUAUUGCACAAUAUUUGAAACAAUAUGGAUUUCAGGGUAGUACCCAAUACAUAUUGACAUCAUUUGUAGACCUGCUGAAAACGUAGAAGUUCUGAACAGCUCUUUAGUCCCACGAUGGUACUCUUCAGUAGUUGGUGCCCAUGACCUCGCUAAGAGACAAAGUUAGCACCUUCACUUCUGGCGGACUCUAGUGUUCCAUGGUUUUCAACGGUUUCUUAGCUGAUGUUAGCUUGUGAUGAAUACUACAAUUCAAUAAAUCAGCCUCUACGAGCCUCAAACAAUAGGAACUCAAGCAUUCAAUAAUACAAAGAAGAAAUUUCUUCAUUACUGUCUUCUUAAUAAGAAUGAACAUAGGAACCAUUGGACUACCCCAUUUUGUAUCAUUGAAUACUCAAGACAGCUAGAAUAGAAUUGAAAAUAAUCAAAGUAGGAAUCAUAAUGACAUGUUAUAUUGCAUGAAAUGUGUAACCCUUAAAUGACUAACAUAAUCCUGAGAUGAUAUGUGCACUUCUUAAAGUCACAUGGACAAAUCAUAAUCAAACGAUUGGAAACUUGAUAACAUGUGGAGUUUAUUUAGUGUUGAUGAUAUCGUCUAGAAAGACAAUGAAAGCUCUACGAUUUAACAACCCAGCUUAAAAAACACAAUACAACCAAUUUUAUUUAUCUAAACUGAAAUAUUUAACUGCCGAACAAAAUUGAACAUUCACUUCCAUUGUGUCUUAAACUUAUGAUGAAUUUGUAUUUUGUCAAGCGAUUCAUCCAGGUAGAGAACUC